GGCCGGCUCUGGCCGGGCCAUGGUGCAGCCGGAGCUGUGGGCAGCCGCGGCGCUGAUGCUGCUCGGGGCCGCCGUCAGCCUCUGCAUCAGGUGCCGGCCCUCCGCUACCAGACGGGAGACACGGCUGAAUGAACGGAGGAGACAGCUCGAAAGCCAGCAGAGCUUCGCGGUGGUUCGGUCCUGUACCAAUGCCUCUGCCCUCCCCAAGGACUCUGCUGCUCCAAGCCCCUUCACCUCUCUCUGCAACCCGAAGGCUGGAACAAAUUAAGGAACCUGAAAACUUCUCAAUAGCAAGGAAAGCCAUUGAAGAGCUCAGUGCUUCCCAUCACACUGGAUAUGGGAGCAGGGAUGAGUCCAGGUACCAGAAUUUCCUGGCAGAGAGCUGCCUGCAAGAAGACACUGCCUAUGUGGAGCCCAUAGCUUUGGAUUACUACUACAAUUGCACCAGGUUCUUCAAUCCACCCCGUGGAAGGUGUCCAGGCAGGCAAGAGAAAGAUGAGGAUUCCUAUUCCUAUGAAAAUGUCACCAUUGGAGCGUCUCAGGGCUCCGAUCCAGAUGACGCUGUAGACUAUGAGAACAGCUUGGCAAUACACACAUGGAAACUCCAGCAAGGGCAAGCCCUGCUGACAGAAAGCCUGGAUGAUGAGCCAGACUACAUCAACGCUGGUCCUGUGUCAGGCCCUGCCCUGCUGUCAGAGCAAAGUAUUCUGCAUGAAGUCUGAAGAAAUCUUUUGCUGAGCUGGAAGAGCACACCCAGAAGACACGCACACAGGGAGACGGGAGAUUUCCAUCCCUCAGUGAAAUCUCUUCUCCAAACUGCUCGCAGUGAUGCAGAAGGGGUGUUACUGAAAGGAAGAAAUGCACUGCUGAAGCCCCACGGAAGUCCAACUGCAAAACCAGCAACAAAACCAGCAGCUGGAGAAAGCACUCUGCCCCCAGUGACCACGGGCAGGGCCCAGGCUCCUCAUCCCAAUCUCCUUUCCCUGCAUGUCCCCUCGAAGAUGGUCAGUCUGGGGCAGUGUUUUCUCCUGUCAGGCAUGAAAUGAAUCCUCAACUUGCUGAGCAGUAAUGCAGCCAGCUACUUAAUCUGCCAGGGUGACUCAUGCACGAUGGUAUUAAGCCACAGGGAUUAGGUUCUGAUUUAGUUCCUGUGCUCUCCUAUAGAAGCAGUCUCCUACGUGAGAGGAACUGGCAAGGCAGAGGCUGUGUUUAUAACAGCAGUGGUUGUCUGGAGCUGAAUGAGAUUCCAACCUGUUCACAAAAGCUAAAGAGGAUUAAAUGCCUGCCUUAUCCAUGGUUUGUAAUUCACAGUGUUGGUCUAUGGCAGUUUUCCUCAUGUUUCAGUAUCUGUUUUAUACAAAGAACCAGCAGCAACUGUGAGUCAGAUCCGCAGGUACCAGCCUCCGAAACUGUACCAGUCCCUCAGUAUGGCGUUGGAACCUCAUCCCAAAACAACAGUCCCCAUCUCCUGAGCCCUGUUGUG